UCUCUCCUCCCAAGACCGAAGCUCCAUUUCUUGGUUGCCUGCUUGUUCUCGAGACUAUCAUUCCCUCAUAUCUUCCUACUUUCCUUGAGACCUUUUUCUCUUACUAUAAUCGAGCCAUCUGUAUAAGUCUGCUUCCCCCUCCAUUUCGUCAUUCCGUCUACUCCGUUCCCCCAUUCCCCCAUUCCCCUUACAAUUUGACGAUCCAUGCUCGUGGCAUCAUCUUCACUCUAAUCCACGGCAUUCCGCUCCACCACCUCAUACGCCACAAUUCAACAAGUAUCCGCGAAAUUCGAUCGAAGGAAGAGGAGGCGCACUCCUCCUGAGCUACCAUCAUGGCUGACAGCGCACAACGCCAUCCCAAUCUCAAUUUGACACCUGAGGAGAAACGGGUGUUUUACCAGCUCUUCCAGGCUGCUGAUACCACCAACCUCGGCGUCAUCACCGGCGAGAUUGCCGUUCCUUUCUUCGAGAAGACCAAGCUUGCACCGGAGACACUCGGAUUGAUAUGGCAGAUCGCGGAUAAGGAGAACAGGGGGCUCCUGACUCCAUCUGGCUUCGGUGUCGUUUUGCGUCUUAUUGGACACGCCCAGGCUGGUCGCGCGCCUACAGAGGAACUGGCCCUGCAACCUGGGCCGCUACCUAGGUUUGAAGGCGUCGUUGUUGAGCCUACAUCUCCCACCUCUCGCUCCGCUGGUGCGACCAGCCCACCACCAGUUGGUGGGCCAAUUCGAGUCCCUCCACUCAACCCGGAAGACGUCAAUAAAUUCACAGCGCUUUUUGAGAAGUCUGAUGUGUCGAGGAGCGGGGUUAUCUCAGGCGACAUCGCCAAGCAGAUCUUUGAACGCGCACGGUUACCGAACGAGAUCCUUGGCCGCAUUUGGAACCUAGCAGACACGAAGCAACGGGGCGCCCUCGACGCCACAGAAUUCAUCAUCGCUAUGCACCUCUUGACCUCCUACAAGUCGGGCGCCAUGAGGGGCAUCCCUCAGACUUUACCUCCUGGCUUGUAUGAGGCGGCAGCACGAAGGGGCCCGGUGCGAACCUCCGUGGGGUCCCGGCCUGCCCUCGACGUUCCUCCGGUGCCUGCGAUUCCGCGACAAUUCACCGGACCCCAGCGGACUCAAAGCCCUUUGAAUAGGUCCCAGUUCGGAACACCGCUUACUGCGCAGUCAACGGGCGGGGAUUGGCUUAUCACGCCAGCAGAGAAGGCGCAGUUCGAUACCAUAUUUGGAACGAUUGAUACUGCGAAGUUGGGCGUCAUCACUGGUGACCAGGCCGUAGGAUUCUUCAUGAAAGCUCAAUUGCCUGAAGAAGUCCUAGCUCAGAUUUGGGAUCUCGCGGAUAUUGACGCUGACGGGCAAUUGACGAAGGACGAAUUUGCGGUAGCGAUGUAUCUGGUUCGUUCACAGCGUACAGGAAAGGAGCCCUUGCCGCAAACGCUUCCUCCCGCUUUGAUUCCUCCUAGUAUGCGGCGUCCUACCACGGCGCAGGCAGUGGUGCCGGCCCCAGUCGCAGCUCCUGCCGCACCGGCGCCUCCUCCGAGUGUCCGGUCUGCUGCGGAUGAUCUCUUCGGUCUCGAUGCAUUUUCUGCGCCGCCCGCACCUGCAGCACCUUCACAAGUACCCCAGUCCACAGGAGGCUCCAACACGCCGUUCCAGACGCCGGGUUCACCCACCUCCAGAGCGUCGCCUUCAGCCAACUCGACGACCUUUAAGCCUUUCAUUCCGACUUCCUCAUUUGGCCAGAGUCUCCAGCCUCAGAUAACUGGCGCCUCAGCCGGUGCCCCGCCAACAGUCCGUUCACCACCGCCUCCAUCGGAUGACCUUCUAGGCGACAACGACCCUGAAGAAUCCAAUAAACUCACACAAGAAACGGCCGAGCUGGCAAAUCUGUCCAACCAGAUUGGCUCGCUGGCCAAGGAGAUGCAAAACGUUCAGACGAAGCGCACUUCAGCGGAGCACGAGCUGUCUCAGACAUCUCAGCAAAAGCGUGACUUUGAGACUCGCUUAGCGCAAGCCAGAGCGAUGUAUGAACAGGAGGUCAAGAAUUUCAAAGCUCUUGAGGAGCGACUGAAUGCCUCCAAGGCGGAGACCAAGAGGCUGCAACAAGAAUAUGCGUUGAUCGAGGGCAGCAGGCAAGAUUUGCAGACUCAAUAUAACCAAGUCUCUGCUGCUUUAACCGCCGACCAGCAGGAGAAUGCGAGCUUGAAAGAGAAGAUCCGCCAAGCUAAUGCUGCUGUCGCCCAGCUUAAGCCUGCUCUCGAGAAAGCGCGCUCUGACGCUCGGCAGCAAAAGGGCCUUGUCGCGAUCAACAAGAAGCAAUUAGCUACCGUGGAAGGUGAACGCGACAAAAUACAGCAGGAGAUAGACACACUCUCGAAGGAACAACCUCAAGAAUCCGACGAAAGCGCGGUAUCUGCAAACGCCGGCCCCGCUCUCGCCAGCCCUGCUCUGUCCACGGCCAGUCAAAACAACAACCCGUUCUUCAGACGGACUACCACGGCAUCCAGCGACGGCCAGGCAGCGUCCCCCCAGGUCUCGAGCGAACAGCAGCGCUUCGCUCCACUCUCCUGUUACAUCCGGGUACCGACCCCCUCCGUAUCACCGCCACCUUCGGUUGGGACCGUGCCUGAACCCCCGCAGUCUCGGCAGUUCACCCCUAACGUUCUUCCCUUAGCCGAGACACAGUCUGUGACCUCGUCUACCAAGCCGUCUCCGCCAGGUAGCAGAUUUGGUGGUCCUGAGUCAUCAACUGUAGGGACUCCAGCCCCGGCAGGUGCCACCGAAAUUUCCUCUUCUCCCUUCGAGGAAUUUGAAGAGUCGAAGCGCUUCCCCGAAGUUCCAGUCGCCCCGAGGGAAACGGCAACAGCAGACACUUCGGCCACCGCCAACGAGGACCAGACGGCAGCAAAGGACCCCAGCUUCGAUGAGCUGUUUGGCGGUCCAGCACAUCAAAGGUCACAGUCUCAGAACGCGAAUGAUUUCGAAGAAGCUUUUGCUGCUAUGAAACAGGGUGCUGGAGAAACCAAGCCUAAUGGUACAGCUCCUGCCGCGUUCUCCGAGUUCCCGCCGAUCCGUGAGCUCGAUGAUGACGACGAUGAUGACGACGACGAUAGCUCUGAUAACGAGGCACCCUUGGGUUUUGAUGACAAUUUCACACCGGCUGUUCCACCCCAAGAACAGCAGACGUCUAAGACGGACCCGAUUGAGCCAUCUCAGUUGGCAGCGUUUCCUGCUCCAGGGUCUGUAACUCCUAGUCAGCCUCCUCCCGCCGAGGCCCAGAAAAGCCCACCAAAAUAUGAUGAGAGCGCAGAGAAGGAAGCGUCUGGCGGUAUGCCACCUGAAUUCAACGGCCUUUUGCCAAACCGUGGAGAUCCCACAGUCGCUCCGGAUGCCCCUCAUUCAGUAGAAGCAGGCACUGGUGCCCCGAUCGUUGGCGGGGAGCCGCAGCGGGAUGUCCCUGCGGCUGCACCGACUUCGACCGGUACCAAGCCCAAAGCGGAAGACGAUGAUGACGACGACGACUUCGGGCCGUCUGACAAUAAAAACACUGCGGAUUUCGACUUCUCUUUCGACACGCCCUCACAGCAGAAGAUGGCAGUACCCAGUGGCGGCCCUGGGCAGUCCAACCACUCUGAUUUCUUCAGCUUUGAUCAGCAGGUGAACGCCUCAAAUCAUGAUAACGCCGUAUCACCGGCAGCUUCCAACUCGCAACCGGCGACGCACGACUGGGAGACCCUCUUUGCACCUCUGGACAACGUUCAAGGCGCCUCCACCGGUACCAAUGGGGCACCGCAACCAGCGUCCUCCGGGGAUGGCAAACCACCCGGAUGGGCCCUUCAGACAGACUCUGUGGAAGACGACCAAAUCCUGCAACGGCUUACUGGUAUGGGAUUUCCCCGCGAUGAAUCGCUCGCUGCAUUAGAGAAGUUCGACUAUGACAUUGACAAGGCGGUGGAUUUCUUGACCUCCAAGUCUUAAAUGGCCCUUCAUUCCUGCACAUAGUCCAUUUCAUUCAUUACUCCCUUUUUCCUACAUUCUCCAGCUUCGCAGAAUUUGAUUCGAUUUGCAUGCAUACCCGACUCUACCCUUGUAUAUUUCACGCCGGUCCCUAGCCAUGUCCACUAUUUAGUGGCCCGAGCCCCGAUAUAAUCUAGAACCUGAAGAUGGAGUGGAGUGUACAGGAUGGAAGACUCCAGAAGUGAUGAGAGUGCCCGUACGUCCUAGUCAUUAGCCAGUCUAGAUUUUAAUUC